UGAAAUGUUUUUCUGUGUCGUCAAAUCCGUCGAACUUCGGUUAGAAAAUAAUAAUAAUAAUAAUGGAAUGAAAUAAAAAUAACAGUCAACUAGUGAAACCGUUUUAUGAGAUGAAAGAUUUGAAUCCCUAAACAAAGAAAAUUAACAGAAGCACAGGAAGAAAAUUAAUGUGUCCAAUUAUUACUUUCUGGAUAUUUUAACAUGGAUUUAAACAACGUCAUUAUUUGAUUGUUUUCUCACCGUUCAGGGAAUAAAAAUUCCAAUAAAUAAGUUCACGACAACAUAUAUUUAUUGAAAAUAGGAAUCCGAAAAUGUUUGAAAUGCCUCCAGAAUACUCUGAAAUGAUUGCUGCUGUUGCGAUUGGAGUCUUAUCUGCUAUUUUUAUCAGUGCAUUUGUUAUUUUGAUCAUGAUAUGUAGGAGGCAGCAACAUUAUAAACAAUCAUAUGCAGAUGGCGAAUUUUCAAGGCCCGAAAUUAAGUUGAUAUCGAAUAAAUCAGAAGUUGAAAUCAUUGAUAUAGAUUUAUCGAAAAGUAUGGAUGAAAUACUUGAAAAUAAACAGUGGGUAGGCGAUGCAACAGGAUUAAUACCCCAUUGUUUGUCUAUCCUAAAAGCUUGCAGAUAUUUAACAGAGAGAUUAACUGCAUUAGCUAUGGAUGCAACACACUCAAAAAAAGCUUUAGCUUCAAUUGUAGAAAACGCCAAAAAAAUUUCCAGCAGAGUAGACGAUAUGGUACAAAGUAUGUAUCCUCCCUUAGAUCCUAGAUUGCUAGAAGCUAGGGCAGCAGCAUUGACCUUGGCUGUGAGUCAUUUGGUUCUGGUUGCUAGAUAUGAAUGUGACGAUAAAAAAAGGAACUUCAUUUGGAUUGACCAGUCCUUACAAGAAAUUAAUGAAAAUUUGAGUGUUUUAAGAUCUGCAGCUUCUCUUCCAGAAACUAAUAAUAAUUAUCAAGCAAUUUUGCAUUGUUAAUAAUGUUUGAAGGAUUCUUCUAUAUUACUGAAAUAUGCGGAUAUUUUUGGCACUAUAUAAAAAAAAUAUUUUUCUUUAAUAUUUUCAAUUCGAACAUAACUUUUUUGAAUAGAAAUAAGUGAAGUAUUUAUAAGGUAAGAUUGAUCAAAUAGAUAGGUAUGCACAAUUUUCAGUUCUGGGCAGAUAUUCCAUAUAUCGAAACUAACAUAACUAUGACAUAAGAUAUAUAAUAAUUUAUUGACAUCUUAUUACUAUUCAAAACAUUAUGAUUCAGUUACAUAAUUUUUCUGAAAAAAAUCUAGAUUACUCUGUAAAUGAAUUUUAGAGUGCCUACACACUAUGUGUUCAGCCAUCUUGGUGAAACACAAUAAAAAAAGUGGUUCGGCUCGCUGAGAGAUGCUCUACAAAUUACGCAGAUAGAACUACUCUAUAAUUUUCAAGCAUUUUGAAAAAUAUUGUCUCAUUCUCGUCCCUCUGGUUUUUUCCACCAUACAGCUAGAGGAUAUUGCAUUUCUUGUACAUAUUUCUACAGGAAGCGGUUUGUGGGAGCCCUUCUAUGACACAUAGCGCCUGUCUUUUUUUUCCUCAAAAAAAUAUGCUCUUCUUUAGAUAAGCCCUAUAACAGAGCUCCAUGGAUCAUCAAACCACAAAAGUACCCAUCAUGUAUGAAAAGGACAUAUCAUUCACUGCAAAGUACAAUAUUCUUCUGAUAAAAUAUAUUUUGGAUUAACAGGCUCGGGUAUCUAGGAUGAAACCCAGUAUUGUAAGAUAGUUUUUCUACUUUGAGCUUGGGAAAACUUCCCGUAUCCCACUCCACUAACUGGUCUUGUAAAUAGGAUAAAGGGACCUUGAGAAUUAACUCUCAAGGUCACUUUCACAAGAAAUAUGCUUCCAAAAAAAGAUAAUAAAAAUCAAAAAACAAAAUAUUAUUAACUGAAAUCAGUUAGUCACAGUUUUGUUUGAAAUGGGGGAGUUGGUGUUAGAGACCAUAAAUGACAUGAAGGAAGCUUCUCUAAUCUGCCUUGACAUUACUAUUGAUAACGUGGACCAUGAGAUAUUACUGCUAAAAUAGCAGUUAUUUUGAUCCCCUUUGAAAACAAGAAGACGUAAUUUGGUGAUAGGUCUUCUGUAUGUUCCCAUAGUAGUUCUAUAUACAUAUAUAUUUUGUUUUGAAUUUCUCAAUCAAAAAUUUUUUAUUAAUUAAAUUUCAAGUAAAAUUGAAAAUAAUUCAAAUAUUUUUGUUGGUUUCAUUGAUGAUAUUUAGAAUCAAAAUGUGAUAGAUGUUUUUAGAAGAGAAAAUGUUUGUAAUAUAAUUUAUAAUUAAGUUUUGAAAAGCCUAAAUGUAGUUGAAUGGUACAAGAUGAGAAGAUUUUAUGAGAAAGAUAAAAUUACGUGACAGCAAUGCCAUAGACAUUUCAUAGACAAAAAUUAAAGCAUUGAUGGCAGUAAUGAGAAUUAGAAAUCCCCGAGCAAAAAAAAAAUGUAAUAGAGACUUCAAGUGAAAAAUGUUGGAAGAGAUUAGCUAGAAAUGAAAGAUCUGUUCAUUUUUGAUCAAAUGAAAGAGAUUGAGGAGCUGGAAAGGAGAAUAUAAAUAAGUAAAAAUCAUAAUAUUGAAGAGUGUGGAAUUUGAAUUCGAAGGAUUAUGGAAUAAGAGUUCGCAUUUGAAUUAAGAAAUAAUAUAACAAAACUAAGUGGAAAAGAACAUUGUUUAAGUUAAGUUUUUUCAAAUUUUGUAUAGAGUUUAUUUCAUUGUUUCAAAAUUAGAUAAGGUAGUUGAGUUAGGUAUUGUAAAAUAUUUAAUAUUGUAAAAUACAUUAAAUUUUAGCCCUACCAAAGUUA